GUAAUGCAUAGCGCACAUAGUUAUCGACGUAUCAGAUUCAGGAAAUGCAGUAGAGUAACUGUUGGACGGUUUAUUUUCUCAGGUUCCUUAGCUCCGAUCUGCUGUUGACCGUUCCGUUGCAGUGGAAGCGAACGAUGCGUGUUCCGACGUGCGUGGAGGCGAUGGUGGCGGUGACCUUUAUCGGUUUCUUCAGCGGUGCUCCUGUAGCACACAGCGGCGGCUUCGAACGUUCCUCGAAUUCAGCUUUUUCCAACGCCGUCAACGGUCAACUGUCGGCGGCGUGCCCCGAUGCCGUGUGUAUUCACGGCUGCAACCCGUAUUUUCCGCCGGCGCUUCCUGAAUGCUGGUGUUCGUCCUGUUGGCCAGCUGGUAAUGGGUCUCCGGGAGGGGUCCCGCGUCCGCCCCACGUUCCGCGUCCCGACGCGGGUAUCGUCAAACACCAUCAAAUUCCUUUCCCAGUUGGCAGUACCCGUCCACCAUUGGUCCCCGCCCCUACCGGCCGCCCAACGCCGGCGCCGUCGGCCGCCCGCUUUCCCGACACCGGCUUCAGUUCCCUGGGCAGCGGUGGGGCAUCCGUCACCGCCUCACGGUCCCGGUGGGCGGAUGUCAACCAACUUGGCGGCAACGGAUUCACGGGGAAUGGGUUUUCCAACCGGCAGUCGUUUCCGGACAGGAUGACCUUUGGCCAAGGGUCUUUACGGGCGUCGGACAGUGCGGCGGGUAGGGUCCGGCAGAAUCCGGAUUUUGGUGGGUCCGGUCUCGGCCGCGGCUUCGGCGGGUUUUAGAAAUGAUGGACAGUAAAGUCACCUACCUGGCUCAAACAUUUUCGGAUGGGCACACUGCGUACAACGUCGGGCUAAAUAAACUUAUUUACGCAAACAGCUGUUUUCCGCUGUACGAAUCCAAAGCCGGGAAUUCACGCGCACAGGAUGAGCUAGUGUUUUUUUUUUAUUUUGUUUCAUUAAUUUAAAAAGAAAUUCGUUUUGAUUGAACUGCAACUGCCACGCGCAUGUCGGAAGCAGCAAUUCGUUACCAUGACGAAAAUAUGCAUAAAUGAAAGUUAUGAAACAGCAACUAAAAUAAUUGGGGAGCACUUACAUGUGACUAAAAUGUGCAAAUCAGCGUCUGUUUAUUUUUCUGACAUGCUACCGGAUAGCUGAGAAAAUGGCUUGACGGAAUAUCCGGCCGAAUUCUUUACUUUUUUGUCUGGUUUUUUCUAACCGCGGCCGGAUCCACGCGUUACAAGUGGCGUAUUGCAUUUGUACGUAUAUGAACACUCACAAUCAGCGAUUUACGAUCGUCGGCAAAUAAAAACCGAAAACCGCUGCAGGUAUAAAACUCAGUGCAAUCAGUAUUAUGUGCAACUGAGCGUUUAGCCGGCAUUUCUGUUCAAAUAACAUUUGUAAGACCCAGUCAGUUAAGCGACAAAACCUGAUAUUCUUCAGCCAACAGAAUCGCGUCCAUACUGUUUAAACUUUAAUCCCAAUUAGCCAAAUCUUUCCGGCCAAAGCACGGGCAAUGGAUAACGCGCAGCUGGUGACCUUUCUCGGCCUCGUGGCUUGCCUUCUCAUGCCGUCAGCCGUUAGCGGGCAGGUGGCCUGCCCGGCCAUCGGGUGCGGCCGCAACCCGCCCUGCGUCCCGGCCGGCCAGCCCAACCCGCCGAUGACGCCCGGGUGUCCGCCGGUGUGCCCCACCUGCACCGGUAACGAGGGCGGUGGCGGAAGUGGCGGGAUUAACUGCGCCCUCGUCAAGAUCAACUGCCCACAGUACUCGCCCUGCCCCAUCCGGGUACCCACGUACGGCGGCGUUUCCAGCUCCGUGUCGGGCUCGUCCGGUGCCGUCUCCGGCAGUGCGUCCAGCUCCAGUCAAACGAUCAGUAAUCCCAUCGUCAUCGCCUGCUGCCCACCGCCACCGCGAUGCUUAUACUAGGCUCUGCUGAUUACCGAGGAUUUAGUUAAUACUGAUUUUUAUAUUUAGUUAUAACUGCAUUUUGUUUUAUCAAUUUUUUUUCAAGCCAGUACUCUGUAUGUUGUCUAUGCGUGUUUGUUAUAGUAGCCACUGAGUGGAGGCAAAUUUUAAAAAAAUAUACGAGUAUAUUACGUCAGUUCCAGAAUCCGGAAUGCACAAACAGCCGGCGCGGCAGCCGGCACUCACGUGUACUGCCCUGACAGUGUCGCGUAUAUUGUCCGGUAUAAAAACAUGUGGGCUUCUGUUU